AAUGCAAUUGCUAUGAUUUGACAUGUACCAAGAUUUAGAAAAAAAUAGUGACGAGUCAUUAUACGUGGGGUUACACGCAGACGUGGCAAUGCAUCGCAAAGAGUCUCUUUCUUUUCUUUUUCAUUUCUUUUGAAGAAGCAUAUUGAGGACGAAUCCCUCAGCUCUCUUCCUUCCAACACAGACCGAAACCUUCUGUUCUCUCUCAUUUUUCUUCUAGGUUAAAAUGUCGCACUUUCCCUUUUUCCAUAACGCUUCCUUUCUUUCUGUGUUGCCUACCAAUGCUCAUUUCAAUUUUCCGCAUGAAAGGGGUUUGUUGUGAACUGCAUUUUCUAGGUUAUGUUUAUUUACUUAUUUUGACGAUUUCAAGUUCCAUGGAUGACGAUGAACGGUUUCUUUUUGGUGUAAUCAUAGUAUCAUUGAGUAGUGAAGUAAUAUUCAUGGUUCGUUUGUUCAACCGUCGUCCAAUGGUAGCAAAAUCAUGAUUCAAUGGAAGCAGAAGAAGCGGGCAUGGACGCUGAGGAUAAACUUUCUGGCUUUAUUUUCAUGUGCAAUCAAAUGACGAAACCAGAGUGCUAUCGAUAUCGGGUUUUUGCGCUUCCUGCAGGGAGAAAGCAUGUUGUGGAGAGGAUCAAUCCUGGCAUGCAUCUUUUUCUGUUUGACACUGAUGUGAAGCUUCUCUAUGGUAUAUAUUUAGCAACCUCGACCGGGAUGCUAAAUAUAGAACCGUAUGCUUUUGGGGGAAGGUUCCCUGCUCAGGUGAGUUUCAAAAUUUACCAAGACUGCUGGCCCUUGGCAGAGAAUCAAUUUAAACAUGCUAUAAAAGAGAAUUAUCAGAAUCACUCUCACAAGUUUAAUCCUGAACUCAAUACUCGACAGGUAAGAAGUCUAUUAGAAAUGUUUCGCCCAUUGGAUGUACCAACAACUGUACCCAAACAUCCUGGUUUGAACGAAAUACACUCUGCCUCAAUGUUGCAACUUCCACCAAGGAAUGAUGUGUUUCAUCAGACACCAAGGGCAUCUCUUUCCGGGGAUUCAUAUUUGUCUAGGAUGUUACCUACUCACGCUCCUAAGCUGAUGAGCCAUAGACAUCUAAAUAAACUCGAGGAGCCUACUGGCUGGGCCAAUUCUGUUGCCGGUCAGUCUGUUCCAUCCCAAGCUUCAAGGAAUCAGAUUCUUGCACUAGUAUAUACUAAUACUCCAGAGGGAGCUUAUGCAACUAGGGCGGUCAGCAGUUAUACUCCAUCACUGCCAUAUCCUCAAUACGCACAAGAGAAUUUCCUUAACCCGCAACCUGAGUUUCAUUCAUUCCUGAGAAACGACAGUGGCCAUGCUCAGUCAAUGCAAAAUUCUCAGCGUGCACAGCUUAAUGUUUUACAUUCACAACCUGAAUUUUAUUCUUCCAUGAUGACUAUGGAUAGAAAUCAUGCUCAAUCCCUGCAACAUUACCAACAUCAACAUCUUAAUGUCGUCCAUACACAGGCUCAAUUUCAUUCUUCUACAGUGACUGUGGGUAGUAGAAAUAGUCACGAUCAAUCUCUGCAAUAUUCUCAACAAGCACGUCUUAAUCAUAAUGUCUUACUUCCGCCACCUGAUUUUCAUUCUUCUAUGACGUCGAGCAGCAGUUAUACUCAAUCACUGCAAGAUCCUUCACCACCACCUGGUGUUGACCUCUCAGUGGUCAAUGUGGGCAGCAGUCAUGCUCAAAUGCCAUGGGAUCCUCACAGUACUCAUCAGAAUAUCCAAAACCCGCAACCUGACUAUUAUUCCUCUGCAACAAAUGUGAGCAGCAGUUAUGAUCAAUCAUUUCUUGGUCCUCAACACACAUAUCAGGAAGCUCAAAAUCUACAACCUGAUUACGGUUCCUCGGUGACUAUCAACCAUACCAAUGUCGUGAUGCAACCACAUGCUACGGCAUCUCCAUAUGUUCCUGAACAUGUUAUAUCCACCACAUAUUCUGUUCAAGGGUCUGGACCCCAUUCAAGAGGUGAUACCCAGUGGUCAACAUAUUAGAAUGGAAAGUAAGUACUAUGAGCCAUCUAUGCGGACAGAAUAUGACUCUAAUUCAACACCAAAGAGUGUUGUCAGCAACACAGCAAAUUCACAUUCUCUGUACUGAAGCACAUGUCCAAAUGUUCAGUCUUGGUAAUACAGUUUGAUAUGUACAUAAACGUGCGGCACAUGAACCUAUUACUCGUUUUAUUGGUGAGAAAUUUGUCGCCAAUUAGAGGUGAUAGUGGCAUUCAAUGUUUGAUUUGAUAUACCAGGAAACCUAUAUUAGGAGAAAUUUGCUGUAAAAAUAUGAUUGCUGCAAUUGACUGGUAUCGGUCCACUAGGUCCCAAUAUAUAAUUUUUCAAUACCCUCCAUGGAUCAUACAGUCCAGAAGGAAUUUUGUCCGGAGUUUACUAUCCAGUCCGGAGGUGUUGAUUAAUCAUUUCAAAAUUUUCAAAUUUAACACUUCUA